GUGAUGAGAACUUUUAAGAUAAACUCUCAGCAACUUUUGGAUAUGCAAUAUGGUAUUAUUAACUAUAGUCACUGUGCUGUACUGAAACGUUAAAAAUUCUUAUCAUAACUAUGAGGAAGGUUUUGUUAUUCCCAUUUUAAAGAUGGGGAAACUGAGGCACUAAGUUACUGAGAAGUUACGUAACUUAUCCAGGAUCACAUAGCUAGUAGCUGUAGAGCUGGGAAGAGAAUGUAUACAGUCUGUUUCUACAAUAAUUGCUUUUAACCACUGCACUACACUGCUUAUUAUGUCGUUGCAUUGUCUUUUCAAAGAUUAGAAAACACAGUAUUAAAUAAGUUUCACUUUUUAAAUGCGAACUUUUUACCUUUAAAUUAAACUUGAUUCAUUUAUUCCAUUUAUCAGCAUGUAUUUACUGAGUGUCUUCUAGGUUCCAGACACUGUGAUAAGUGCUGAGUUUUGAACAAGAUGUACAUAAUCCUGACCACAUGGAUUUUAUAUUCUAGCAGAGAAGGCCUGCUAAUAAGUUGUUCAACUAAUGAUUGAAUUGCAGUUGUGGUAAAUGCUACAAAGGAGAAUUUGAGAGUAGAGUUUUUGCCAGGGAUUCUAACGUGCUUUUAGCAGUUAGGGAAGGAGUCAGUGAGAAAAUGGCAUUUGAGCUAAGCUGAGAAAGAAGCCUUUCUGUGCCUACCUGAGGGCAUAACUAAAAUUAGAGACUUAGAACCACCAGAGUGGUUCUGCAUAGCACUCUGGAAGGAGAUGAGCUAAACUCUAUAUGCCUCAUUUGCCCUGAUACACACUUCAUUUGUCCUGAAAGUAUCACUGUUUUGUAUAUUUGGUGCCUAGUAUGAUUGACAUUUGUAAUGCUGACACAGUCAUGAAAUAGACUAUGUUCUUCAUAUUCUGUUUAUUAAGACAGGGAAAUGAUAAAAUAGAGAGUGAGAAAGGGUCUUCAGAAGUCUUAAUCUACUGUUUUACCACUAUACAAAAAGAGCCCCGGAAAAUUCUUCUGAUUUGCCCAGAGAUUGCAAAGGUCGACUGCAAGGAGGUACUAGACAUCAUAUGUAAUCUGGAAUCCGAGGGUCAGGAUAACACAGCAUUUGUUCUUUGUACGACUUACCUUACCCAGCAGCUCCAAACUGCAAGUGUAUAUUGUUCUUGGGAAUUGACUCUCUUUUGGAGUAAACUGCAAAGAAGAAUCGAUCCUUCUGUAGACACUUUUUUGGAGCGCUGUCGUCAGUUUGGUGUCAUAGCUAAAACACAGCAGCAUUUAUUUUGCCUGAUUAGAGUUAUACAAACUGAAGCACAAGAUGCUGGUCUUGGGGUGUCGAUUUUACUAUGUGUCAGAGCUCUUCAACUCAGAUCAAGUGAGGAUGAAGAAAUGAAGGCCUCAGUUUGUAAAACAAUUGCUUGUCUUUUACCAGAAGACUUAGAAGUUAGACGAGCCUGUCAGCUUACAGAAUUCUUAAUUGAACCCAGUUUGGAUGGAUUUAAUAUGUUGGAAGAACUGUAUUCCCAACCAGAUCAAAAAUUUGAUGAAGAAAAUGCACCAGUUCCAAAUUCUCUCCGAUGUGAGCUUUUACUAGCUUUAAAAGCCCACUGGCCUUUUGAUCCUGAAUUUUGGGACUGGAAAACUUUAAAACGACACUGCCACCAACUUCUAGGACAAGAAGCCUCAGAUUCUGAUGAUGACCUAAGUGGCUAUGAACUGUCUAUUAAUGACACAGAUGUUUUAGAGUCAUUUCUUAGUGAUUAUGAGGAAAGCAAAGAAGAUAAACAAUAUAGAAGAAGAGAUUUGACAGAUCAGCAUAAGGAGAAAAGAGACAAAAAACCCAUUGGUUCUUCUGAAAGAUACCAGAGAUGGCUUCAGUAUAAAUUUUUCUGUUUGUUAUGUAAGCGGGAAUGUAUAGAGGCCAGGAUUCUUCAUCAUUCUAAGAUGCAUAUGGAAGAUGGAAUUUACACCUGUCCGGUUUGUAUUAAAAAAUUCAAGAGAAAAGAAAUAUUUGUUCCUCAUGUGAUGGAACAUGUUAAAAUGCCACCAAGCAGAAGGGACCGCUCUAGAAAGAAAUUACUGUUGAAAGGCUCUCAAAAGGGAGUUUGUCCCAAGAGCCCUUCUGCAACCCUGGAGCAAGGUCAGUCAUUGAAUGAACAAGCCAAAGGAGAGUCACAUGAAUAUGUCACAUUCAGCAAAUUAGAAGAUUGCCACCUGCAAGACAGAGAUUUGUACCCAUGUCCUGGCACAGACUGUUCCCGUGUGUUUAAGCAGUUUAAAUACUUAAGUGUGCAUCUUAAAGCUGAACACCAAAAUAAUGAUGAAAAUGCCAAGCACUACUUAGAUAUGAAAAAUAGAAGAGAGAAGUGUACUUACUGUCGACGACAUUUCAUGUCUGCUUUUCACCUGCGAGAGCAUGAACAAGUGCAUUGUGGUCCUCAGCCUUAUAUGUGUGUAUCUAUAGAUUGCUAUGCUAGGUUUGGAUCAGUGAAUGAACUGCUUAACCAUAAACAAAAACAUGAUGAUCUGCGUUAUAAAUGUGAAUUAAAUGGCUGUAAUAUUGUUUUCAGUGACUUGGGACAGCUUUACCACCAUGAAGCACAACACUUUAGGGAUGCAUCUUACACAUGCAACUUCGUUGGCUGUAAAAAGUUCUAUUAUUCCAAAAUUGAAUAUCAGAAUCACCUCUCAAUGCAUAAUGUUGAAAGUUCAAAUGGAGAUGUGAAGAAAUCGGUGAAACUUGAGCCUGCAGCAGGUGAAAAACAAGAUUGUAUUGAUCAGCCCCAUCUACUUGACCAAACUGAUAAAUCACAUUUACCAGAGGAUCUUCUUUUUUGUGCAGGAUCAGCUAGUUCUCAAAUAGAAACUGCAGAAAAUCUGAAAGAAAACAGUGACAGUAAUUCUAGUGAUCAGUUAAGUCAUAGCUCUUCAGCUUCCAUGAAUGAAGAGUUAAUUGACACACUGGAUCACUCUGAAACUAUGCAGGAUAUAUUAUUGUCUCACGAGAAAGUCUUUAUGCCCUCCGGUUUAAAAGAAAAAUGUUCCAAUGUGGCAGUUUGUUUUGAUGGGACUAAGUUCACCUGUGGUUUUGAUGGCUGUGGUUCCACGUACAAAAAUGCAAGAGGCAUGCAGAAGCAUCUAAGGAAGGUUCAUCCAUACCAUUUCAAACCCAAAAAGGUAAAGACAAAAGAUCUCUUUCCCUGUUUGGGUAAUGAACAUAAUCCAACAACUGAAAAGUUUGAUACAGAACCUAAACCUAGCUCAGAUACAAACAGUGACUCCCCAGAUGAAGGUCUAGAUCACAAUAUUCAUACUAAAUGUAAACGAGAACAUCAUAGUUAUUCCUCAGAAGCCUCCAUUUGUGCUUCUAAAAGGCCGUGUACAGAGGAUACCAUGUUGGAACUUCUGUUACGCUUGAAGCAUUUAAGCUUGAAAAACUCAAUAACACAUGGCUCUUUCUCAGGGUCAUUGCAGGGGUACCCAUCCAGUGGUGCUAAGUCUCUUCAAGCGGUGUCACCUACAAUCUCAGACCUUAAUUUUCAGAAUCAAGAUGAAAAUAUGCCAAGUCAGUACCUGGCACAGCUGGCAGCCAAGCCUUUUUUCUGUGAGCUUCAAGGAUGCAAAUAUGAAUUUGUGACCAGAGAGGCUUUGUUAAUGCAUUAUCUUAAAAAACAUAAUUAUUCAAAAGAAAAAGUCCUUCAGCUAACCAUGUUUCAACAUCGGUAUUCCCCGUUCCAGUGUCAUAUCUGCCAAAGGUCAUUUACGAGAAAAACACACCUUAGGAUUCAUUAUAAAAAUAAACAUCAAAUUGGUAGUGACAGAGUAACUCAAAAACUAUUAGAUAAUGAAAAAUGUGAUCAUGAAGGCCCAUGCUCCGUAGACAGGUUGAAAGGUGAUUGUUCCGUGGAACUUGGAAGUGAUCCCAACAGUAACUCUGAGAAGCCACACUGUCAUUCUAAAAAAGAUGAGUGCAGUUCAGAAACAGAUUUGGAGUCAUCCUGCGAAGAAACAGAAAGUAAAACAUCUGAUAUUUCGUCACCAAUAGGUAGCCAUAGAGAAGAAGGAGAAGGAAGAGAGGGGAGAGGUAGCAGGAGAACUGUUGCUAAAGGAAAUCUCUGCUAUAUUUUGAAUAAAUACCACAAACCAUUCCAUUGUAUCCAUAAAACUUGCAACUCCUCAUUCACCAAUCUAAAAGGCUUGAUUCGCCAUUACAGGACUGUACAUCAAUACAACAAAGAGCAGUUAUGUUUAGAGAAAGACAAAGCGAGAACCAAAAGGGAACUUGUCAAAUGCAAAAAGAUAUUUGCUUGCAAAUAUAAGGAAUGUAACAAACGUUUCCUGUGUUCCAAAGCUCUUGCUAAGCACUGUAGUGACUCUCAUAACCUAGACCACAUUGAAGAGCCGAAAGUGCUUUCUGAAGCUGAGUCAGCAGCCAGGUUUUCCUGUAACCAGCCUCAGUGCCCUGCUGUUUUUUAUACAUUCAGCAAGUUGAAGCACCACUUGAUGGAACAGCAUAAUAUUGAAGGAGAAAUACAUUCAGAUUAUGAAAUUCAUUGUGAUCUUAAUGGCUGUGGCCAGAUUUUCACCCAUCGCAGUAAUUAUUCUCAACAUGUAUAUUAUCGACAUAAGGACUAUUAUGAUGAUCUGUUUAGAAGCCAGAAAGUGGCAAAUGAAAGGCUACUAAGGAGUGAAAAGGUGUGUCAAACAACUCACACUCAGGGGCAUGAACAUCAGACUACCAGGAGAUCGUUUAAUGCUAAGGCUAAAAAAUGUGGCUUAAUCAAAGAAAAGAAAGCUCCGAUUAGUUUUAAAACAAGAGCUGAAGCCCUCCAUAUGUGUGUGGAGCAUUCUGAGCACACGCAGUACCCUUGCAUGGUUCAGGGAUGCUUAUCUGUGGUGAAGUUGGAGAGCAGCAUAGUGAGGCAUUACAAACGUACCCAUCAGAUGAGUAGUGCCUAUUUAGAGCAACAGAUGGAAAAUCUUGUCGUUUGUGUUAAGUACGGUACCAAAAUUAAGGAGGAGCCCCCUUCUGAAGCAGAGCCCUGUAUAAAGAAAGAAGAAGAUAGAAGCUGUGAAUCAGAGCUCACAAAGCACAGCCAUUCCCCGGGUGACAGUAGCAUACCUGUCCAGACCGCCGAUUCCCUUUAUCCAGGUGAAAGGGAUGGAGGUCAGAAAGGAUGUACAGAAAGCAACCCAGUUUUUGAUGCAGAUACUCUGCUCUACAGAGGAACUUUGAAAUGUAACCAUAGUUCAGAAACCACUUCUUUGGAACAAUGUAAUACAGUUCAGCCUCCUCCUUGUAAAAUAGAAAAUUCCAUACCUAAUCCUGAUGGGACUGAAAGUGGGACUUAUUUCACAAGUUUCCAGCUGCCUUUACCAAGGAUCAAAGACUCAGAAACUGGGCAGCAAAGUUCAGGGCAAGAAAACACUGUAAAAAAUUCAACCCAUGUCCCAAAAGAGAAUUUUAGGAAGCAUCCACAUCCCAGGUCAUUUGAUUUGAAGACUUACAAACCUAUGGGAUUUGAAUCUUCAUUUCUGAAAUUUAUUCAGGAAAGUGAAGAGAAAGAAGAUGAUUUUGAUGAUUGGGAGCCUUCAGAGCACUUAACAUUAAGUAAUUCUUCACAACCCAGUAAUGACUUAACAGGGAGUGUUAUGGCAAAUAAUAUGGUGAAUGACAAUGACCCUGAAGUUGACAUACCUCAUUCUUCCAGUGACUCUGCAAUUCAUGAGAACCUGACUGCAAUCCCACCUUUAAUAGUAGCUGAGACGACAACAGUUCCUCCCUUGGAAAACCUGAGGGUCGUAUUGGACAAAGCAUUAACAGACUGUGGAGAACUUGCCUUAAAACAGCUUCAUUAUCUUCGGCCAGUGGUUGUCCUUGAAAGAUCUAAGUUUUCCACACCAAUUUUAGAGUUGUUUCCAACAAAAAAGACAGAUGAGCUUUGUGUAGGAAGUUCCUAAAUAGCAAUUUUGUUUUAGAAACAGACUGGCUCCAACACUGCAACAUGGGGACAAUUGCCAACUCGAACAAAGGCUGAGAACCAGCCACACCAUUGUUUAGGGUAGAAUAGGCUGUGUAUUUACAUGAAUGUAUAAUAUCUAUGUCAGCAGUAUUGGCUGAGUCCAUUAGCUCUCCAGUUGGUUUAUUGAUUGGGUUUUUUUUGUUUGUUUGUUUAUUAAAAAAAUGGAACUGUAUUCUUGUUUGGUGCUAAUUAAUACAUCAAAAUAUAUUGGGGCUUCCUUUUUCAAAUUAAGUGUGCAUGAUUGUAUAUGGAACAAAUACUAAGAUCCCAGGGUGGGAGGGCUAGGGAAAGGGAUAUGUUCUUACUUGACUUGAAUGUGCACCUGAGGGUGCUCUGUGUAAUAUAUUGUACACUACAGCAUCUUAUAUUUUUUGAGUUGAGUUUCAAUAAAUUACAAUUUUU